AGUACGUGCCCUCGACAGCAUCCCUGUCUCGCCGCUCCCUUGCAGGAAACUAAAUCCAGUUAAUGCACCUACUGUAGUUAAAUACAAACAAAAAACAUUAAAGUGACAAAAGAUUCAAGCAGCCGUGUAAAAUGAAUAACGAGGAUAUUCUUUCAGAAGGUCAGGUUCUGACUGCGCCGUAGUCUGGACGUGGACAGUAACAAGGUGAAAACCACGACCUCCAAGAACAAAGAGGGAUUCCAGCAUGUUUGUGUCUUGACAGCAGUGACUCAGCUGACACUUUGUUCCUGUCAGCGCUGUGCACGCGGGAACAACACUACCGCACACGCACGAGCCUCUGCUUCGUGCACUCGCGAUCACCUCUGUCUGAAGUUAGAGCAGCGCUGGCGUGUCGUCUCACUAACUUUCCCCGGUUACAUGCGGCGGAGCAGUCAACCAAUCGGCGUCCGGCUCACACUCCAUGCACGGAGCUCAUGACAAGCCAAUUAACACCUCGCUCAUUUAGAAAAAGCCUGCCGCUAAUGCAGUCCGGUUGUUACCUGGCAUUUUCCUGCAGAAACGUGCAAAUCAGCCGCGGAGCGACAAGGCGACCGGCUCCGUCCAUCAACGGACGGCGCGGCUCACGUGAAAAUUAUGCAACAGGAGGAGAUGAAAAAAAAAACAAGGCGUGAAGAGAGAGAGAGGGAGGUGAAGAAGGCUGCGAACGGCCACGUCUUUCAUGUGUCUUUGCGCAGUAAUGGAGACGGAUGCGCCCGGCGGCGGCUGCUGUGAUUGGGUGCGGACACGUGCGCACGCGGCUGUUUACCGACGGGUGUGCACAGCUGCUGGUGUUGAUGAGCGCGCAGCGCUUUGAGAGGCUGCGGCUCCGUCCUCCGGCGCCCUUCACCGCCCCCCGGGGAGUUCCCUUUGAGCCCCGCGCUCCCCGCGUCCGGUGGACGGGAGCCGACAAUGGCUCCCUUCAUCCGGCAAAAUGACAGCCACUGACAAUGAGGAGCUUCCCGUUUGACACGGGGCAGGCUGUCCUCCCGCUGCCAGCUGUUGGCUGCACGCGCCUGUGCCACUUCAAAGACGGGCGAACAAAGGGAAGACGGGGACGGAGGCAGGAGCGCGGACGGAGUGAUGGGGCGGCGCUGGCGUCGAGGGUGACGAACCAAAAGCAAGACUCUGACUGCAACACACGAGCACAUAUAACAUGUCAUAGCAACAACACACACGCUGGCGUGUAACAGUUGACGCAGAAACCACAGGAGACGCGCGGCUGCUUAAUGCUCCUCAUCGCUCCUCCUCCUGCGGUGAUUAGUUUUUACAAUCAGCACAUGCAAAUUGGAAUUCGCUGACGGCCCAUCAAUCACACGUCGGCUGCAAUCUGUUGAGCCGAACCCGCACGUGCGGGCCGCGUUUCUGCGCCGCGGGUGCGAGAGACGCAUGGGUUUGCUUUGAUCGUCGCGAGUGGCGUCUGUUUCGAGACGCGGCGAGCAGCCGCUCGAACCCGCGCCGCUUCGCGAGUAAACAACCAUUUGCAUCGUUGUCGGACGCGUUACAGCAGCGAGUGAUGGGAAGGAGCAAUUUCCUGCACGAACACACGACUUGAAUAAUAACCUGCUUAGAACUCGACUGGGGCGCGUCUGUAGACAGAUAAAUAAACAUCAAGGCGCGUAUGAUGCCGCGUAGUACAUGUGAUGUAUGUAAUUAGGCAGAGACGCGGCACGUUCGCUCUCUGCUGGGCUCACGCGCGAGAGGCCGUUCCUCGCGAGGCGCGCGACGGCGCGGAAGGCUCGUCGGAGGAAGUCCGAAACGAGGCAGCAGCACGGGCGACCGCGGCGAUCAAGUGCGGGGGAAUGCGUGUUGUUUGUGCACAAAUGCACAGACACGCACUCACAGAAAGCUCGCGCCCGUGGAACUCUCGGCUCGGUUCACCGAGUUCGUUGUGUUCGGCAGUCGGGAGAGGUGGAUGCAGUCGCUCGCAUUCACUCUCUCCCAAAUCCUUUCGCCGCAUUCAAUACGAAUGGUGAUUAAUUUGUAUGGCCUGCAGUGAUAAAGAGUCCAAAUAAGUUGUCAUCAGCGGUCCCGAGGGUCUCUCUCUCUCUCUCUCUCUCAGGUGUAAUUCAAAACAGAUCGCGCUGCCAUUUCCACAGCUCUUUACGUGCUCCCAUACGUCUUAUGUGAGGCUCAGGGGGCCAAACUCCAUUUUGUGGGCGGCUGUGGCACGACGGCCCUUCCACUCCCUGAUUAAAGAAGUAAUCAGUGAAGUUCGCUUAUUUAACAUUCGGAUCAGUCUCCACAUCUUGACAGAGAAAUCUGGCUGUUGUCUAAUAGCAGGACAGAGCGGCGAGAGGGACACAGAGCGUGGUCAUUAUUUUUAUGGAGCAAUUUCACGCCGACAGCUGGGAAGUGAAGGAGGAGGAGGAAGGAGACGAGGAAGAAGAGGGUGUGAGUUUAAAAGGGCAGCGAUGCUGCAGCAGUAUUUAAGGCGACUUACAAGACACAGUUUUAGAUACUGAUCUGCUGAGAGUCCAACCAGCCAACAAAUACAGUUUUUUUUCCUGGUUCUCAGGUCAGAGGUUGGUGAUGGAGCCACACAGCAGCAGCAGCGGCAGCAGCAGCAGCGGACGCGACGGCGGCCGGCGCAGCAGCAGCUUUCAGCAGCUGCGGGCAAAGUGGAGCGACAUGUUGAGCCGCGUUUACGACGACCCGAGGGUGGCGCGUGUGACUGGGUCCACGGCGGGCCGGUACCUGCGCUCCCACCCCGGCGCUGCUCUCACGGCCGUCGUCUUCGGCCUCACGGCCGCAGGCCCCGUCGGCCUCUUCCUCGCGUUUGCCGUCGUGUCCGCGGCAGGUUUUGUGUUCUGCGAGGUGGCCCUGUUGCUCGCUGCAGGACUGAUUCUGAUGUCUGUGCUGUGCGGCCUCGCCUUCUUCGCCGUCCUCCUUUCAAUCUUCCUUAACGCUUCUUACUUCAUAUCCUUCAGCCUCCUCAAGUGCUACUCAGACAAAAAGCAACAACGAAAAGCUGAGGAGGAGAGUGACGGACAAACUUCCUGCAAAGGGAAACAUGUGGACUAGGCUGCUGCCGCCCUGUUGUCGCAUUCCAAGCAUUUACUGUAGUGGCUUUAAAUCAAGAGUUUGAUCUGUUAAGCACAUCUGAUGCCCAUGUGCUUCCUAAAAAAAACUCUCAAAAACAUAGAUUACACAAAAUCUCUACUCAGUAUAUUGAUAUUGCGCCGAUUCACAACCAGCGUUACGUUAAGGCACUUUACAACGUAAGAUCUUAGACCUUACGAAUCAAAUCCUUAUUGUAAAGUCCUGGUGCUCCACAAAGUCUACUGUGCAGUCAUUCAUUGUAAGAAACACUUUCUCGCUAAUAAAAGUCUAUUUCUCAGUA